AUGACAUCUGAAAUAAAAGAAAAUAAGAUUAAUACUAGUAAUAAACAAGUUACACAUCUCGAGUUUGUAGGAGAUAGAACAUCAGAUUACAAUCACGAACUAUCCGUCUUUGGUGAGAAUAUUACUCUUUUGGAAAAUUUUUUAGAGUCAGCAUGUAAUAAACAGAAAACAUCUUAUACUUUAAGCCUAAGAAGUCUUAAAAUUAUACAUUAUUCUAGACUCUCAGAUAAUAAAAUUCUCUGUGUUCUACGUUCAUACCCAAAUAUAACCAGUUUAAAUUUUGAACAAAGUGAAAGCAUCACUUAUAGAAAUUGCUUGAUCUUAUCCCAACUUAGAAUCUCUCAAUAUCUUUUCUGUGGAAAUAUCACUAAUAAUUUCGUUUAUAAAAUAGUAGAAGCAUAUUCUAAAUUAGUACUUUUAUGCAUUGGUGGAUUAAAAUGGUAUAAGCUAAUUUCUGAUCAGACGAUAGAUGUAAUAGCUCACUCAUGUCCUAAUCUUCGCCAUCUCUCUUUGAAAUGUUGUCAUAAUAUUACAGACAUUUCAGUUAAUAGAUUGUUGCAACAUAUUCAUAAUUUAGAAUACCUUGAACUUGAUCAGUGUAGAUUUAUUACUGAUUCAUCUAUUUGUAAUACUGCUAACUCUUGCCCAAAGCUUAAACAUCUUGAUAUCGAUACUUCUGAUGCUUCUGACACAACUAUCUGUAAUAUUAUAUAUUCAUGUAAAAAUUUAAGAUAUCUUGAUAUCAGGUGUUGCCGUCUAGCUACUGAUAUAGUCAUUGAUGAAAUUGUGCAACAUUGUUCUAGUUUGGAAUUUCUUGGCAUACAGUCGACAAAUGUUAGUAAAGAUGCAUUGAGCAAACUUAAUCCAAAAAUUAAGAUAAACCGGGAUUCAGUGCUUAAUAUAGGGCCAGAAAAUGAACUUAAUGAUCUUUGGGUAACACUAGUCAAUUUAGUACAGCAUUUAUGGUUAACUUAUGCGAAUCUUGAAGAUAUUGUACAAUACUACAAAGACAAGAUUAAAGAUGAACAUUAUCAAAAGUCAAUUGUGGAAUUGGAACGGAAUAUGAAAAGUAUGGCUGAAAGAUUCAGUUUAAUGUCAAAAUUAAAGCCCAAAAGUAGAAAUAUUACAACUUGGGAAGGUCAAAAGUCGAAAUUAAAGUUGAAAUAG